AUGCGAACUCUUUACCUUUUGAGAGCUUCAAAUCGCCUAAAGGAGACCAACGCCAACGACGUGUUCAAGAGUGGAGCACUUGAAAGCGAUCCCAGCUUCACCGACUCGACUGGACUCGCCCUGGGAGGCUGGACACGUCCACAGUCGCAGGGCCAGGCCGGACGUCCACCAACAAUAACCGGGCUUGACCAGCAAAGAAAAAUUAAGGGCCCCGCGUGGGCCGCAGUGCAGGGAGGAGACCCAGGCAAGAAAGGGGGGCGGAAGAACAAGCGAAAGUACUCGAGAAAGAAGCGACGAAGAGAUGAUGAACUCUAG